AAUGUUAGGUGCAAAAAUGCCCUCUGCUACUGCUGCAAACCUAAAGCUUCCAAGUGGUGCUGCAGCAGCUGGGGCCUGUAAUGCACAUUAGCCAGCAUUGUGUUCCAGAAAGCCUCUAGUGUUUUCAUGACACACCCUGCCUCUGUUACAGGAGAGAUAGGCAGGCACUGGCAGGCAGUGAUGCACAGACGUGAGAUGGGCAGGGAGAUACCAGACACACAGCAGCAGCAUGCCCAGCCUCAGUCAGCACUGCAGCAGCCACCCACCCCCCUGAUCAGCUGGAGGCGUACACACCUAGCUAAUGCCUCUUUUCUAUAGGAUGGAGGCAGGAGUCCGGGUGCUGCUGCUUCCGUGUGUGUGACUCUGCACUCCUCCUCCUACCAGGCAGCACAGUCAGAGGAAGAGGCCAGUACAGGGAGAGCAGCAGCACUGGGCUGUAUGUAUGAAGGGAGAGAGGCUGGAGAGAGGCUGCUGGUACCUGGGAUAUACAGGCAGGAUUUUCAUCCUGACCCUUGAGGACUCUUACCUGAGAUAAUUUACUCCAGGAGCCAGUAACCAGCCAGCUGCUGUGUGGGGAUAGUAUGUCUGCAGAUGCUCUCUGUGUGUUGCAUACGUGUAGCUAGUCCAGGGUCAGGGUUGUCACAGUAUUUAGCAUGGGAAAGUAAUUGCACUGUGCCACUGGAUGUAUGUGUAUCAUUUGGAAGUGUAUGACCCUGUACUGUGGCACAGCUGGAAAGGGCCAGUGCAGGUGGGGUGGUCUCAGGGCAUUGUAGGGGCUCUACUUUGUGGCCACACAGAAACAGGGGUAGUAGGGACAAGUAGCCAUUUGUUGUUUAAAUCCUUUGGGUAGAUCGCUUUUUGUCAUUCCAUGGCUGCCCCCAAGCUCUUGUGUCUCCCGCUGCUAUCCUUGCUGGCCCUGUUGGCUGCCUACUGGUUCCGCAAUGUGAAGGAGGACCACCUGAAGGACCGGAUGGAUACGGUGCUGUCAUCGCUGCUUCGAGCUGAGCAGAAAGUUGGAUUGGAUGCAGACAGACCACCUCGCAUAGCAAUUGGCUUUGGAGGAUGCCUUGAUAUAAUAGUAGAUGGGGUGGCACUGAUGCAGGAAGCAGCCAUAGAGCCCAGUUACAAUCCAAUCCACCACAACUUUAUCGAGACGGAGACGCAGCUGGCAGAGAGCUUUGCCUACUUUUUUCCUCCUGGUGCAGCUUCAGAAAGAUAUGUGUCCAAUGAAACCUUGUUCAGGAAGCUUGUAGGUGCCUCUAAAAGGCUCUCUGAAAUGCGUUGGGCUCUGGGUGGGAAUGCUCCAGUCAUGGCCAACCGCUUAGCUGCUGAAGGAUGUGAUGUUCUGCUUGGCGGUCGUUUGAGUCAGGAUGAACUUAGUGUGUUGUCUGACCGCAUUACAGUUGCUGGGGAGUCCUUAACGGAUGCCGACAUACAUCUCAUUAUGGAAUAUUCAACAGGGGCUAAGUGGGGAAGUCACAUCUCGCGGAGAGCCAACAGGUACAUCGUGCACAGUGAUAUGCACAAUCCCAUGAUUGAUUCCCUGGAAGAUUUUAAAUCGCAGCUGGAAAGCUUUGAACCAGAUCUUCUUGUGAUUGGAGGCUUACAAAUGAUGGAUAGUUUCCCCUUCAAGCCAGGUCAGCGUGAAGCCAGGUUGAUGGUACUUCAAGAAAUGAUGCUGUCUAUGGAUAAUAAGAUAGGCUCCCACUUUGAGAUGGCCUCUUUUGUGGAACAGAGCCUGAUGAAGGACUUACUAGAAUAUGUCAUACCUUACGCUGACUCCUUAGGCAUGAAUGAACAGGAGCUUCCCAAUUUGCUUAGUCUAAUUAAAGGGGGAAACAUCACAGUCUUAUCAGACCCAUACCCUCGAGUGGCCUCCAUUCUUGACCAAAUGCGUGAGCUUUAUACGCUACUCAGAUCCCAAGAGCUUAGAGAGGGUCAAAGACAGCUGACCAGGCUACAUGUCCACACUUUGGCAUUUCAAGCCAUGAUGGUGACCAAAGGAUCCAUAUGGAAAAACACAAUGUCCGCUACUGCCAAGGCUUCACUCACAGCCAACAGGCACGUGUGCGGCUCUGCUCGGAUUGACACCCGGAAGGCCAAACUCAUCAUGGAUGACUCUUUCUCAAUCAGCAGAGAAGUGGGCAGUCAGAGGAUACCUUUAAAGGAAAGUCGCCCUGUGUCCUGCUGGGAAGAGGAGACCUAUGAGAUUUGUCUAGCACCUGUCUUGGUUUGUACUGAAGUUUUCCAAACGGCAGGUGGGGGAGAUAAUAUCUCCGCUGCUGGACUUGUGUUGCAAAUUUGAAUCUGUAAUAUCUGCUCUGCAAGGGUGUAAUAGUCAAAUUCCAUGGAUGACUAUUUUACAGAUGCUAUGCGGUCAUCAGUAGUAUACAGGUUUAAAAGAGAUACUGACAUUAUCUGAGCCAUACUUCUUUGUUUCCUUUUUCCGUGGAAGUGUUUAUUUUUGCUAUAAGUUCCUCCUCCCAAAACCCCCAACUAGUACAACUGCUAUGUUGCAAUACUGGGACCCCCACUUAGUCAUGCCUGCAGAACCACCAUGCCACAUCUUGGUAUUUGAAUGUAAUCUUCUCCAGGUUCCAGUUUUUGAUGCAGCAGAGUGGACCAGGAACAUCAUCAACCUGCAUAUGCAAGCCUUUAACAUUCCACGCUAUGAACCAUGAAACCUCAUACAGCCACAGGUGUAGGGGGGGUCCUGGGAGUGGGAACGCCAGUACAUUCCAAGACUUUUUAGCAAAAAUAAAUGCUUUCUAUGGACCAUUUAAAUAAGCCAUCAAUGUGAACAGGUCAGACAGACCUACCGUGCAUUUACUUGUUUUAUUAAUGUAUUGGGUUUUUUUCAUUCCCAUUGAAUGCACAUUCCAAGUAUGUUGCUGCGCCCCUCACUGUCUGUUUUUAUUGGCCAUGUCUGAAUUGUAUUGUGGACAAUUUGUUGUUGUGUUUUUAUUUCUAGGUAUGAUUUUCAGCCAACUGACAAUGAAGGCUUAUUUAAUAACACGGUGUAAAGAUAAAUUAGCCAUAACUUAGCAGUCAAUUGGACAUAAGCUUUGGCAAAUCUCAUUCACUUAUAAGCUGGGUACACACUGGAGCGAUGUUGGGCUGAUUUGUGGUUUCGUAACCUCAAAUCGACUACAUCGCUCAGUGUGUAUGGGUGAUUGCACGCUCCCGUGGUCGUUACCGAAGGACACUAGGUUUGAUGUGCAGCACAUCAAACCUAGUGAUACCGCUAGCGACCUUGUUUGUGCUAAUGCAGGAAGGAACAUGAUGUUCCAUCCUUCAUUAAAGUCGUUCCACUGGGCUCAAGGACAUUUGAUGUUGGAACGAAUGCCCGUCGCUCUAGUGUGUACCCAGCUUUAGAGUAAAGCACCAAACGUAAUGUUACAUAAGCCAAAAUGGUAGCAUUUAAAAAAAAAAAAAAAUUUUUUACAAAUAAAGUGCAAUUAUGCAGCAGCCAUAAUAACCAAAAGUAACUUUGAUACAUAAAGUGAGAGAUAGCAACAACACCUUUAUUUUCAUUGUCUAUGUGUCAUUUAAGGUCUUUUGGCACAUAACUGUUUUACUUGUGAAAGGGGUAUAACUUCAAAUAAAAUCUCUAAUUUCUCU